AUGGUGAGAAAGGCCACCGAAAUGGCUUGCUGUUGUAGUAGUAGACGGAGGAUGCAUCUUGGUGAGGCGCUAUGGUCGUCGUUACUGGUGCUCCUAAUCUGCUUCUCGCAGGUUUCCGGCACCGAUGCUACCAAGGGCAGUCGACGACACCACCAACUUGAUGGCGUCACAGUGCCAACCAGAACAAGGCGGAGAGGACAUCCGAGAAGCUUGGUCAUGUUUGGGACAAUGGAAGGAUGGAUCCAACGUCAGCAACAGCAAAGACAACGUGACACGGUUCUGUUGGCAUCCAGCAAUACAGCACCCAUUGUAGAGUACAAGCCACCGCCUUUCGAGGACGACGAUGAUCAUAAUACAGUGGUUGGAGAAGAGAAAGAGACUUGUGUAGAGGAUGUACCACCGUCCGAGACUACGAGUAGUGAUAUCACUCAAAGCAUGCCCAUGACUCCAGCCACCCUGGGCAACAGCAACGGCAACCACCGAACCAAAAAGAGGCGACGAGAGGGCUCCAACAAACUAUGGCCACCUUGGCCAUUCAAUCUACUACAACGAUCCAGCAGAACAGUCUCGUCCUCCGAUAUAGACGAGAUUCAGCAGUAUCGUGGUCAAGGACCUGUUGUACGCAUGGGGUCGGUGAUGUUUUCCUUUUUUGGACAACGGGCUCGAGUCAGCUUUAAGGAACUCCAAUGUGUGGGGAGCAGGCUCUGGUUCCAUUUGCCGCCCAUGACACCUCCCCUCAUUUUGCUGACCUUGUUGCCACGACAAGAAGCACAAGUCAUUACCAGUGCGGAAACAGGAGUACAAGCCGUUGUGCAAAGGACCGUGGUUCCUCUCUGGUCCAACCCCUUGGCUCGCUAUCUCGUACUCACGGGAUUCAGUUUCGCCAUCAUGUCAUGGGCACACUCUGAACUCAAUCGAUUGCGCCGGUUGACGCCUCUACCACUCAAUUAUGCCUAUCGAGACAUUCAUAGCGCAGUGCUGCCUCAUGCCUUGCCAGAAGAAGUGCCAGAGCCAUAUCUAGUGGUGGAGGAUGACGACGAAGAGGAGGAAACAGCAGACAACACCAAUCACGACGACACAAAUUCUUUGGAUUUAUUGGCAUCCACAGAUGCCUCCAACGACAGUGAUACGAACAGUACAACAACAACUGCACACGCGUCGUCGACCAUUUCGCAAAAGCUCGUCGCGUCGGUACCUCCCCGUCUCCAACGUCAUUUGCAUCAGUUGGGUUUGGGAGGCACUGCGGAUGAUGAUGACGACGACGACGAAAGUAGUAGUAGUAGCAGGCAGAAGCCAAAGCGACGCCUGUUGGGGACGAAUUGGCGCAAGAAUAUGAAACACAUGAGGGAUGUUCGACGGGCAGAGUCACAAAAGGUCAAACGCAUGGCAAUCUACGAUGAGUUGGUGGCAUUGCAGGCCAUUAAACGAAAGGCCAUUAGUAACAAACCACAGCGGAAGCAUGCAAAAGUAGCAGACCCAAACGAUAGCGAAGAGCCAUUGGGCUAUGCCUUGGUGACAGGAGCAAGUCGAGGAAUCGGCCGUGCCAUUGCAGUUGAAUUGGCAAGGUGGGAGAUCCCUUUGAUACUGGUGGCAAGGGACCUGCCCCGUCUUACGUCUCUAGCCUAUGACCUGGAAGCGUGCUAUGGCAUCAAAUGCUGUGUGCUUCAGGCGGAUCUGGCCGAGCCCAACGCGGCCCAACAGAUUCACCAGGCAACAAAAGAUGCAAACCUAACGAUUGACAUAUUGGUCAACAAUGCUGGGAUAUCUUCACAAGGGUUGGCUGUGGAUAUGGCGUUGCAAGAUGUAGAACGAAUGAUGCGAGUAAACGGGCUGGCAGUGGCAAACCUGGCUCAUUUGUAUGGCAAGGAUAUGAAGGAGCGCCGACGGGGUCGUAUCCUGAUGGUUUCCUCUGUGGUUGGGGCAGUUGCUGCCGGACCCACAGUGGCCAUGUACGCGGCAACAAAAGCAUUCGAGAAAACGCUUGGAUUGUCCCUAGCAAAGGAGCUGGAGCUUUUUGGAGUAGGCGUCACAUGUUUAAUGCCAGGCGCCGUGAAAGACACAGACUUUAGAUCAACAAGCAGCACCCAUGAAGCCUUGUGCUGGAAACUACCGGGAUAUCCCAAAACAGCUGCGACUGUUGCUCAACUAGGAGUCACAGCACUACUGACGGGUGAUGUCGAGGUAACGCCGGGUUGGCAAAACCGGGCGUUUUUAAAAGUGUUCCAACCAGCAAUGCCAAGUCGUCUUCACAACAUCCUCGUUGAGAUUGCUUGGAAUGAACCCUACAUCCCCCCAUUUCUGAAGUUCUGGAAGAACGCAGAGAAACGACAAAAUGACAGGCAAAGGCGGCUUGAAGAGCGAAGUAAACACCACGUCGAGGAUGAUACUGGCACAUCGUCACUCCGCAAAGCAUCGCCUCAAGAAUGGCGGCCUCGAUCCAACACGUUCUUGCCCCCGCCACUUUUGCUCACGGUUCCAGGGGAGCAAGAAGCAGCAUCAUCGCCCCCAGUUCCUUCCAAAAGUGAACAAGAAGUCGAUAGGCCAGAGACAAACCAUGACUCUGUCGAAGAACCGAGUUCAUCGUUGGAACUGGAUGAACCGGAAGCCCAAAUCUCUACAGAGGAAGUACACCAGCAGGAGGCUGAAGACGACAACAGUCAAGAUGACCCUUAUGGCCACCUGCGAGAACUCUCAGCGGAACUCGAGAACGCACCGAGCACGGUACACAACUCCACCGUCGACAACACCCCGAACCAAUCAGAACAAUCCGACAGCACCGCUCCAUCCACAGAUGGUUCUCCGCAACAAGAGCAGCAGAGCCAACCGACUACUGAACGUAGCUUGCUGCAGCUCCAAGAGCAAGUGAUGAAGCUGCAACAACAAGUCCAGACACAGGAACGUGAACAAUUCUUGCAACAAAUCGAGCUAGAAAGGAGACAGAGGGAAAUAGAGUUUGAAAAGCGUGACAUGGAGCGCGAACGAGAAAGACAAGAGAGUGAAUCUCAGAACCAGGACAAUGAGAGGCGGAAGUCGACAAGCUGGCAAAAGAGACAAGCGAAGCGUGCAGAUGUGCAGCCUCGGGAUAUGACGAAGAACUCUCGUGACAAGCCAGAGCGUCGAAACCCACAACCAGCUGAACAAUCGCAACGACUUGACCUUAUGACGGAGAGCCUGGAGCAUCCCUUGUUUGCGCCUUGA